AUGUCUUCUAACAACAAGAAAACCCUCCUCAUCUUCGGCGCAACAGGAAACCAAGGCGGUUCCAUAAUCGACCUCGUCCUCGCACGCUCAGAUCUUUCCUCAAAAUAUGCCCUCCGCGGCAUUACUCGCGACCCCAACAGCUCCAAAUCCCAAAGCCUCACCAAAAAAGGCGUAGAAAUGGUGCAAGCCGAUCUCGACGACAUCUCGUCUCUCAAAUCCGCCAUGGAAGGCGUAUACGGCGUCUUCGGCGUCACGGAUUUCUGGAGUCUGAUGUCCAAAAACCGGGAAAUACAGCAAGGAAAGAAUAUUUUCGAAGCGGCGAAAGGCAGUGGGGUGGUGAAGCAUUUGGUAUGGUCGAGUUUGCCGAAUGCUGAGAAAGUUUCUGGGGGGAGGUUGAAGCAUGUCGACCAUUUUGAUGGGAAGGCUUUGGUGGAGGAGUAUAUUGAGGCGAAUAAAGGGGAUAUGAUUGCGAGUUAUUUCUUGCCUGCCAUGUUCAUCACUUUCGCGAAAACUCAGAUUAAACCUGGACAAGAUGGCAAGCCGACACUGGCGAUGCCGUUCCCUUCAGACGAUGUCGCAUGGCCUUUGAUCGAUCCGAGACGAGACGGUGGCAAGUACGUGAUGGGGCUGUUUGAAGGAGGCGCAGGAGCCAACGGGGCCAAAGCUCAUGGUGUAUCAACUUGGACCACACCCAAGGAGAUUGUCGCUGCGUUGAGCAAAGUCUCUGGGCAGGAAGUUGUGUUUCAGAAGCUGCCUGCGGACGUCUUUGCUGGCUUUUUACCAGAAACUAUCAGAGACGAACUUCUUGAGACAAUGCUGCUUGUUGGUGAUCACAGCUACUAUGGCAAGGGCGAGGAGAAAACCCAGGAAAAGUCUGACGAGUGGUUGAUCGAGGGUGAGAAUCUUACAUCUUUCGAGGAAUGGGCUCAGGAAAAUGGGCCAUGGAAGUGGUGAAAAAAGUUGGUGAUGUGAAUUGCAAAGAUCAAUAUAUAUAUCGACUUUUGAUCUGGUGACUCUCCCAAUCAGCAUGAAAGUAUUGGAGUCAUGACUUCCGCUCAAUGCUGUGAACUCUCAAGGCCCCCGCAAAAUUCUAGCAGCUUAGAAGCAUUGUUUCGGCCGUCUCUCGUGGCAUCGCUGUAUUAACGGAAAGGUUCUCAACUCUCCAGCUGAUCCUGCACCCGGCGCAGUAGAGGCUGACUUUCACCAUCUUUGGCGUCUGGCUUAGGGUACGGAAACCAUUUGUACUCGCCGUCAUCGACCUUGGACACUCGCCAUGUGCCUGAUUCUUUGGCAGUCUCGAAAAAUUCUUGAUUCUCCUCAAAGGUUCGACCCCCGGUCUCUGGGCAGUACAGGAACGUCGUUGCUCCUGCGACCAGAUUCGUUGCAGCGAAUACCAGAUAGAUCCAGAACUUGAGGUUGUUGAACAAGAUCGGUGUAAUGAGUGUGAUUACGAAAUUGGCCAAGCCCCAGAUAAUGACGGACACUGCAGUUCCUUGGGCUCUUGCCGGGGUUGGGUAGAUUUCGGUAGGAAUAAGCCAUGGUGGGACUAGCCAUCCGAUACCGAAAGCUCCUGUAGCAAUGAAGAGAGCCGCGAUACCGGGAAUUGCUACUGCGUUGACAUGAAUGUGAAAGUCUUCGUGAUGGAAAGACAGGCCACCAAAUACGGCCAGUAGAAGGAAGCAAAUAGUUAGGACGCCAGAUCCAUACAGAAGCACUGUUCGUCGUCC